CAUUUCGCUUCCCUUAACUGAAGACACAGCAGGGUCCCAAGAAGGCUUUUUACUAUGUAAAAGGUCUCCAUCCAUUAGUCAGCCAUCAAAAGAAAUAGAAUUUGCUCCGCUUUUCCCAAAAGGUCUUAGUAACUAGGAUCAGAUAGAAUAAAACUGUUUAGAAACUUACUCUGAUGCACCAAAAUGCUUGCAACCACAGCCCCUGUGCAAAACAGGUGGUCGUGAAGGAUGCUUGUGAGAGGUUCCUCAGCUGAAGUUCAUGAAUUCUCAUACUGUAACUAAAUGCUAAUUUGUAAAAUUACCCUUUCUUCCUAGAAGUCCUUAUUUAAACUACCUGGACUAAUACUUCUUCUUUGCCAUCAGAAUUGUGCUCUAACAUUGCUGUGGGUUGGUAAAUGAUUCUCUAGCCCUGCAUGAUCACUUCAGAGUGAGGAGCACUCAGUAACAUCUGGACACAUCUGAACACCAUCUUCAGAGAAAGGGAAGUGCAAAGCCUCAUUAAGAAUUCAGAUGUUGGACAGAUAUUGGAGCAUAUUUUGUUUUGAAAAGCAUCCUUUCUCCAGUGGGAUGCCCAGCAUUUGUGGGGCUUGAAUGUUUGGGGGUGUUUUUAGUGGCUCUGUGUGGGCAAUGAUGUUCUCCUUGCCUGGAGCCCUGCUGUUGCAUGGCACAGCACCAGAGCUGUACAGCUGGCUGAGAAGGCAGCAUGUCCUCUGGGCUAUGGUGAACUACCACAGGAAGAAUCUAACACAAGCAGAAAAUUCCUGGUAUUUAGGUUACUGCAGAACAGCCAGGUUUUAAGCUGAGGCCCUGAGGGCCAUGAGUGAUGGGAAAGGCACGGAGUCUGAAGCUGGGGUCUUGCUCUCACUGGUGCCAAGACACGGGAACUAAAGAUUUGCAGUCAUUCCCAAUUUGUGACUGUAAUAACGAGGAAGACUCGUAUCCACCCAAGAAAGAUGUUGUGCCGGUAUCUGGAGGAAGGCUCUGACAGAUGGGGUACACUUCAGGUAGUGCAGCGGAGCCGGUCAGGCAGUGCUGUGUUCCCAGCUCAAACUGCUGAUGGCUGAGUACCAGCCUCCCCUUGGCAGCUGAGGCAGUGCCGUUCCCCACCCCAUCCUGCAGCAGCUCGCUGUGGCAACACGUGUGAGGUGUGUGGCAGCGCCCUCUGGACGCUCCAGAAAAGCUGGGCAACCGAUGCCCUGUCUCAGGCAGGGAGCAAAAAUGGGGAGCGGAGCAGCACACAGUUAAGUCGCCCAUCGUGGCAUCUGCUCCAAGGCCAGCACGAGCCCAUGGGAGUCCCAUGCCAGAAGCCAAGAUUUGGUUCCACUCCCAGAAAAGUCAACGAAACCCAUUUACAGUGGAAUGAUUUCAUCCUGUACUGCACGCUGAGUGACUUUCCAACAUGACUAUUAAUAGCAGGGGUUUAUCCCAGGUACAGGCUAGCAGAGCACAGAGCUACAGCGUUUCAGCGUAGCUGAUCAGUGGAGCCCUGGACUAAAAGAUGCUGAAUCUGUCAUAUGUGGGCAGAUCUCACUUGGCUUCAGAGUCUGAGUGCCUCUAGGAGCUACCUAAACAUUUUUCUAUUUAAUACAUCCCUUCCCAUGGUGCCAUUCUCAACAUCAGCUAAUCACCAUCCCAUGGGGAAAGAAGGAAAGCCCUAUCUAAAAAAAGUGGCAGCUAAAAUUUGGUGGCCUUGUCAAGGAGUUCAGGAGCUGAGUUGUUGCUAGUGUCUUCUAUAUGGAAAGUGUUAAGAUAGUACAGUGCUAAAAAAUGGUACAAGAUAGAAAAAAGGACAGGAGCCAUUAAUGUGUAGGGAAUGUUGGACAUUACACACCGUGUGGUUUUGACUGUGCAGGAUUUCUUUUCCAUGUGUCCUUCCCUUAAAAUUGUUCUUCACAAAACUUUUGCCUUUUAUGCUCCACAGACAAGCAGAGCAAAUACAGAAAUAAUCUCCAGAAAUGUUCUGCAGAUGUUUUUGCUUCUUCAGUCUGUGUCUUUUCCUUCCAACCCAAAGGAGGUGCGCCCUGGGUCAUGUAUCUGACUUGCAUGGCAGAGACACAACAUCCCUCCCUGGAUUUGAGAACCUCACCAUGGGAUACAACAAAUACCUCAGGCCCUACUUUGGUGGAGAACCUGUUCAGAUUGCAAUGAGUCUGGACAUUGCAAGUAUUUCUAGUAUAUCCGAGAGCGACAUGGAUUACACAGCCACUAUAUAUUUGCGGCAGCGCUGGACAGACCCCCGGUUGGUCUUUCAUGGCAACAAGAGCUUCACACUAGAUGCUCGUCUAGUGGAAUUGCUCUGGGUACCAGACACGUACAUUGUGGAGUCAAAAAGGUCCUUCCUACAUGACGUCACUGUGGGGAACCGCCUCAUAAGAUUAUUCUCUAAUGGCACUAUCUUGUAUGCCUUAAGAAUCACUACUACUGUUGCUUGUAACAUGGACCUUUCAAAAUAUCCCAUGGAUACACAAACAUGCAGACUGCAGCUAGAAAGCUGGGGAUAUGAUGAAAAUGAUGUCAUCUUCACGUGGUUGAGAGGCAACGACUCUGUCCAUGGCAUAGAAAAGUUGCGGCUCUCUCAGUACACAGUGGAACGUUACUAUACCCUGGUCUCGAUGUCACAGCAGGAAACAGGCAGUUACCCACGACUGAUACUGCAGUUUGAGCUGAGAAGAAAUGUCCUUUACUUCAUUUUGGAGACCUAUGUGCCCUCCACUCUGCUUGUCAUGUUGUCCUGGGUUUCUUUUUGGAUCACAUUGGAUUCAGUGCCUGCAAGAACCUGCAUUGGAGUAACGACGGUGCUUUCCAUGACAACUCUGAUGAUCGGCUCACGAAGUUCACUUUCGAAAACCAACUGUUUCAUUAAAGCCAUUGAUGUUUACCUCGGCAUUUGCUUCAGCUUCAUCUUUGGUGCCCUUGUGGAAUACGCAGUGGCUCACUACAGCUCAUCACAAAAGCGUGCAGCAAAAGCACCUCAAGAGGGGCGUGCAAGUGAACUCAGUAAAGAAAAGGACGAAGUCAACAUCACUAACAUCCUCAACAGCUCCAUCACCAGCUAUAAACGGAAAAUCAGUUUUACAAGCAUUGAGAUUUCCAGUGAUAAUGUUAACUGCAGUGACUUGACUAUGAAAACUCAUGAGAAAAUCAAAUGUGUCUUGAGAAACAAAAUGCACAGGAUUAUUAGUUACUUCACAAUUCAGAACCCUAGCAAUGUAGACCACUACUCCAAAUUGCUUUUCCCUUUGUUUUUCAUGCUGGUCAAUGUGUUUUAUUGGGCUUAUUACCUAUAUUUUUAGUAGAAGUUAGUUGCUUCAGUUUCCUGCUUCAGGAGGAGAGGAAUCUUGCCAGUGGGCAUCUAGAUAUCUAACCUCAGUGAAUCCAACAUGGACAAAACGCUUUGUUGUUUUUCCCGGGGUACAGAGCAGAAGAACCUGUGAGGGAUGCAAGAUGCAAAGCCUUGGUGCUUCAGCAUUAGCAACAUUGAUUCUGGACAACUGCUUGUUCAGCUGAGUGGCUGUGCUGGGCUCUUGUGCUUGUACUUGCUUUUCAUUCCAGUAUCCAGCCUCUCACCCGGCCAGAGAAGGGCCUGUAGGAGUGCACGUGGCAGGCCACAGAGCACGACAGGUGGAAAAAUGACCUUGGAAGUCUGAAGCGGGUUGGAGCCUUCUAGAUAUCUGAGAAGAUGUAGGACUAUCGCUGUUAUUGUUUGUUUGCCAGAGCUAACAGUAAGAGGGACUGUGAUGGCUGCCUCAAUAGCCGCUCUGUUGAUGUAAGAGACCCCGACGGCAGCAGCACGUGCCUCGCGCGGAGGAACGGCUCCUCGCGGUGCCUCCUUGUCCCGGGGCGAUGGCGGUGCUGGGCACAGGCGCAGUGGUACGCCUCGUUGCUUUUAAUACCUGUCAGACUCACUGAGGUCACCCUCACUCACUGAAGUUAACCAUCCCUGAGACAGAUGGAGGGCUUCUUAUUUGUAGAGCUGCAUUUUUUCAGAGAUUUGGGAACGUGAAAUACAGGCACCAGAAUUGUUUUGUAACCCAUCUCUUAUACUCUUGUCCUGCUGCACUUGAACAGAUUCUACCACCUUCCAUGUCUGCCUCACAAAUUAUUUUUCAUCCUGAGGAGUGCCUCCUUCAGCUUUCACCACUGUAAGCAGCUCUGGUUUCUUGCCAGCCAUAUUGCAGGCGUGGCCAAUUUGUCACCCCCUCUUUUAUGAGGCUAGGCAGCUGCGUAAGUCAGCAGUGCUGCUGGGUGAAAAAUCCAUGUGUGGGCUGAGGUACAAUGAUCAAAAUCAGCCCUUCACACUCUAUUUUAGGCUGAAACAGUGUUAGGUUUCUGCAGAAGUUCAGAUUCUAAGUGGGCUCUGGAAACUGCCAGUCAGCUUUGUUUAUCCUAAAUCAGCAGGACUGAAAACUUUGUUUUAAAAAUAAAUGUGGCACAGACACACUGGUGGUUGAGAACCAAAUGCCAUUUGUUACUAUGUAGCUUAAGGCUACUGAAGUCUUUAUUUCCUGAUUUUAAAAUGAACUUUUAUUUAUGGCAGAUUCCACACCCCCCCCUUUUU